AUGGGUACAUGGGGUCGUUGCAUGGGAGAUGAAUGUGGCCCAGGAGGUAUUCAAACCCGAGCUGUAUGGUGUGCUCAUGUUGAAGGAUGGACAACAUUACAUGCAAACUGUAAGCAAGCUGAGAAACCUAAUAACCAGCAAAGUUGUUUCAAAGUUUGUGAUUGGCACAAAGAAUUGUAUGACUGGAGACUGGGACCCUGGAACCAGUGUCAGCCUGUGAUAUCUAAGCACUUAGAGAAACCCUUUGAAUGCAUUAAGGGGGAAGAAGGAAUUCAAGUGCGAGAAAUAACGUGCAUCCAUAAAGAGAAAGAUAUUCCUGCAGAUGAUAUCAUUUGUGAGUAUUUUGAGCCCAAGCCCCUGUUAGAGCAGGCCUGCCUCAUCCCUUGUCAGAAAGACUGCAUUGUGUCUGAGUUUUCGGCCUGGUCAGAAUGCUCCAAGACUUGUGGCAGUGGGCUCCAGCAUCGAACACGACAUGUGGUAGCACCCCCACAGUUCGGGGGUUCUGGCUGUCCAAAUCUGACAGAGUUUCAGGUGUGCCAGUCCGGUCCCUGUGAAGCUGAAGAGAGCAUGUACAGCUUGCAUGUGGCUCCCUGGAGCACGUGCUCUGUGCCUCACUUGAGACAAGUAAGACAAGCCAGAAGACGUGGCAAGAAUAAAGAACGAGUCAAGGACAGAGGAAAAGGAGUGAAGGAUCCAGAAGCCCGUGAACUUAUUAAGAAAAAGAGAAAUAGAAACAGACAAAACAGACAAGAGAACAAAUAUUGGGACAUUCAGAUCGGAUAUCAGACCAGAGAGAUUACAUGUACUAACAAAACAGGACAAACUGCUGAUCUAAGUUUUUGCCAACAAGAGAAGCUGCCAAUGACCUUCCAGUCCUGUGUGAUCGUCAAAGAGUGCCAAGUGUCAGAGUGGUCUGAAUGGAGCCCAUGUUCAAAGUCCUGUCACGAUGUGGUAUUCUCUGGAGGCACACGUACAAGGACACGAAGUGUUACACAGUUUCCUGUUGGGAGCGAGAAAGAGUGCCCAGAACUUGAGCAAAGCGAAUUGUGUGUGUCUCCAGUAGAUGGAGUUGCCCCCUGUGCCACAUAUGGAUGGAGAACUACAGAGUGGACAGAAUGUAGAGUGGAUCCUUUGCUCAGUCAACAAGACAAGAGGAGAGGCAACCAGACAGCCCUCUGUGGAGGAGGAAUCCAAACACGAGAAGUGUACUGUGUGCAGACUAAUGGUGAGCUUUUCUCACAUUCAAGCUCCCACAGUGUCAAAGAAGCCUCAAAACCAGUGGACUUGAAACUCUGUACUGGACCUGUGCCUAAUACUACACAGCUGUGUCACAUCCCCUGCCCUGCUGAAUGUGAAGUUUCACCCUGGUCAGCUUGGGGACCUUGUACUUUUGAAAACUGUAAUGACCAACAAGGUAAAAAAGGUUUUAAACUGAGGAAGCGACGCAUUACCAAUGAGCCUACUGGAGGCUCUGGGGGAACUGGGAACUGCCCUCACUUACUGGAAGCCAUACCCUGUGAAGAACCAUCCUGCUAUGAUUGGAAAGCAGUCAGGCUUGGAGACUGUGAGCCAGAUAAUGGAAAAGAAUGUGGUCCAGGCACCCAAGUUCAAGAAGUCAUAUGUAUCAAUAGUGAUGGAAAAGAAGUUGACAGACAGUUAUGCCGAGAUGCCAUCUUCCCUAUCCCUGUUGCCUGUGAUGCUCCCUGCCCCAAGGACUGUGCGCUCAGCAUGUGGUCUGCGUGGUCCUCCUGCUCACACACCUGCUCAGGGAAAACUACAGAGGGAAAGCAGAUCCGUGCACGCUCCAUCCUGGCCUAUGCGGGUGAGGAAGGUGGUGUUCAGUGUCCAAAUAGCAGUGCUUUGCAAGAAGUACGUAGCUGCAAUGAUCAUCCCUGUACUGUAUACCACUGGCAGACUGGUCCAUGGGGUCAGUGCAUUGAAGACACUUCGGUUUCAUCCUUCAACUCAACUACAACUUGGAAUGGGGAAGCUUCUUGUUCUGUUGGCAUGCAAACAAGGAAAGUCAUCUGUGUGCGAGUCAAUGUAGGACAAGUGGGACCCAAAAAAUGUCCUGAGAGCCUCCGACCUGAAACAGUGAGGCCUUGUCUCCUUCCUUGUAGGAAGGACUGUGUUGUGACCCCAUAUAGUGACUGGACAUUAUGUCCCACUUCCUGCAAAGAAGGGGACUCUCGGGUCAAGAAGCAGUCUCGGCACCGAGUCAUCAUUCAGCUGCCAGCCAAUGGAGGCCACGACUGCAUGGAUCCCCUCUAUGAAGAGAAGUCCUGUGAGGCUCCUCCAGUGUGCCAAAGUUACAGGUGGAAGACUCACAAAUGGCGCAGGUGCCAGUUAGUCCCUUGGAAUGUGCAACAGAAUAGCCCUGGGGCACAAGAGGGCUGUGGGCCUGGAAGACAAGCAAGAGCCAUUACUUGUCGGAAGCAAGAUGGAGGGCAGGCUGGAAUCCAUGACUGCCUUGGGCAUGCAGGCCCUGUGCCAGCCCUCACCCAAGCCUGCCAGAUUCCCUGCCAAGAUGACUGUCAAUUUACAAGUUGGUCCAAGUUUUCUUCCUGCAAUGGAGACUGUGGUGCCAUUAGGACCAGAAAACGCACUAUCAUUGGAAAAAGUAAGAAGAAAGAAAAAUGUAAAAAUUCUCAUUUGUACCCACUAAUUGAGACUCAUUAUUGUCCUUGUGACAAGUAUAAUGCACAGCCUGUGGGGAAUUGGUCAGAUUGCAUUUUACCAGAGGGAAAAGUGGAAAUGUUACUAGGAAUGAAAGUACAAGGAGACAUCAAAGAAUGUGGCCAAGGAUAUCGUUACCAAGCAAUGGCAUGCUAUGAUCAAAAUGGCAGGCUCGUGGAAACAUCCAGAUGUAACAGCCAUGGUUACAUUGAGGAGGCCUGUAUCAUCCCCUGUCCUUCAGACUGCAAACUCAGUGAGUGGUCCAACUGGUCUCGCUGCAGCAAGUCCUGUGGGAGUGGUGUGAAAGUUCGGUCCAAAUGGUUACGUGAAAAACCUUACAAUGGAGGAAGGCCAUGCCCCAAACUGGACCAUGUCAACCAGGCACAGGUAUAUGAGGUUGUCCCUUGUCACAGUGACUGCAACCAGUAUAUAUGGGUUACAGAGCCAUGGAGUGUGUGCAAGGUGACUUAUGUAAACAUGCGGGAUAACUGUGGAGAGGGUGUACAGACCCGAAAAGUGAGAUGCAUGCAGAACACGGCAGAUGGACCUUCUGAUCAUGUAGAGGAUUAUCUCUGUGACCCAGAAGAGAUGCCUCUGGGUUCUAGAGAAUGCAAACUCCCAUGCCCGGAAGAUUGUGUAAUAUCUGAGUGGAGCCCAUGGACACAAUGCACUUUGCCUUGUAACCAUAACAGCUUCAGGCAAAGGUCAGCUAUUCCGGUCAGGCAACCUGCUGAUGAAGGAAGACCCUGCCCAGAUACUGUUGAGAAGGAACCAUGCAACUUGAACAAAAACUGCUUCCACUAUGAUUAUAACGUAACAGACUGGAGUACAUGUCAGCUAAGUGAGAAGGCAGUUUGUGGAAAUGGUAUUAAAACAAGAAUGCUGGAUUGUGUUCGGAGUGAUGGCAGAUCAGUUGACCUGAAAUACUGUGAAGAGCUUGGCCUGGAGAAGAACUGGCAGAUGAAUAUAUCCUGUAUGGUGGAGUGUCCUUUGAAUUGUCAGCUUUCAGAUUGGUCUCCUUGGUCAGAAUGUUCUCAAACAUGUGGGCUCACAGGAAAAAUGCUCAGAAAAAGAACGGUAACUCAGCCCUUUCAGGGGGAUGGGAGACCAUGCCCAGUCCUGAUGGAACAAUCUAAGCCUUGUCCAGUGAAACCAUGUUAUCAGUGGCAAUAUGGUCAAUGGUCUCCAUGUCAAGUACAGGAUGCUCAUUGUGGAGAAGGAACCAGAACAAGGAACAUUUCUUGUGUAGUGAGUGAUGGGUCAACUGAUGAUUUCAGCAAAGAGGUAGAUGAUGAGUUUUGUACUGACAUUGAACCCACUAUAGACGGCAAUAAAAAAAUGGUUCUCGAGGAAAGUUGCACUCAGCCUUGCCCAGGUGACUGCUAUUUGAAGGAAUGGUCAUCAUGGAGUUUGUGUCAGCUGACUUGUGUGAAUGGUGAGGACUUGGGCUUUGGUGGAAUACAGGUUCGUUCCAGAGCAAUGAUUAUACAAGAAUUAGAGAAUCAACAUCUUUGCCCAGAGCAGAUGUUAGAAACAAAGUCAUGUGAUGAUGGACAGUGUUAUGAAUAUAAGUGGAUGGCUAGUGCUUGGAAAGGCUCUUCCCGAACAGUCUGGUGUCAAAGGUCAGAUGGUGUGAAUGUGACAGGAGGCUGUUUGGUGGUGCGCCAACCUGAAGUUGACAGGUCUUGCAACCCGCCUUGUAUACAACCCCAUUCACAUUGUAGUGAGGCGAGGACAUGCAGUUGUGAAGAAGGGUAUACUGAAGUCAUGUCUUCUAAUGGUACACUUGAGCAGUGCACUCUUAUUCCUGUGGUGGUGAUACCCACCAUAGAGAACAAAAGAAGAGACGUGAAAACAAGUCGGGCAGUACAUCCCACCCAAUCCUCUAGUAACCCAGCAGGACGGGGAAGGACCUGGUUUCUACAGCCAUUUGGACCAGAUGGGAGACUAAAGACCUGGGUUUACGGUGUAGCAGCUGGGGCAUUUGUGUUACUCAUCUUUAUUGUCUCCAUGAUUUAUCUAGCUUGCAAAAAGCCAAAGAAACCUCAAAGAAGGCAAAACAACCGGCUGAAACCCUUAACCUUAGCCUAUGAUGGAGAUGCAGACAUGUAAAAUAGAAAAUAUCAUGUCAACAACCAGUUUUAGCUUUCAUAUGUGUAGUAGAUAUUUGGAGACCACAAAGCUUUUCAAACUAUGUGAAUUAAAAUAAAGUUUAACUUUGUAAAAGACCAUCAUACGGAGUGAAAAUCACAGUGCUAUUGAAGAUAUCAAGACAGUACCACUUACAUCGAGACCAUCAGCACUGAGAAUUACAAAAGAUUUAAUUGAAAAUAUGUUGUUCCUAGAAUUCUAGGUCAUCACAUUUGACAACUGAAAAUUCACUUUCUCCUCUUAAAUAUAGAAGUGGAAUUGGAUGGUCAGGAAUUCUGAAAUGAGCAUCCUGUAUGUGGUAUUAAGCUAUAUAGGUAACAUUUUAGCAUGACCAGUUUAAAUCAAGAUCUCUAUAAUUCUAUAUUCAAACAUAACGACAUGUAUACUCAGUCGAAUAAAACACAUUAUGUACUUGUUAAUGACCAAUUUUAAUAUUAAAAAUAAGCUCUAAACUGAUCAGAAAACUCAGUGAAUAAAUUCAACGUCUGGCAGUGAAUGGUUGCUUUUAUUGACCUGAAUUUCAGAGACAAAGACUCUUUUUUUUUUAAUUUUGAUUCUUGUCUCUCUCCAGAUUACAAAUGCUGGACAUGUAGUAGUAUCUUAGAAGAGAUAAUUUCUUAAUUCAUUUUUGUAGUGGUUAUUGUCUGAUAACUAAUUUGCUUAUGUUAAUAUGUUUCCUCUUUCUCAAUUUUCAAACUGGUUGCCUGUAUCUUUUUUGCUAUAUGGAAGACACAUUUUUGCACUAUAUUAGUGCAGCAUGAUAGGCACUUAUUUAACCAGUAUUGCCAUAAAACUGCCUCUUUUCAUAUGGUAUUAAGACACCUGUGCUAAAAGUGUCAUGGGGACACUUAAAAGAUUUUGUAUCCUGAAGGAAGUGAAGUUCAGCAACAGGAUGGAAUUAGCUAUUAUAUCUGCUGCAGACACUUCAUCAGUGCAGGCAUGUGAAAUCAACAUGGCAGUAAUUCAAGUGUUUAAGUCCGGAACUCAUUAACCCUCCAAAAUAUGGAUUCCUCUGGUUGGUUUUAUUGUACUUUGAAGGCUGUUUAUGACUAGAUUUUUAUAUUUGUUAUCUUUGUUAAAAAAAAAAGAAAAGAAAAAAAAGAAGUUGAUUGUCUUUUUAAUUGAGCAGAAAGAGAAAAUAAUGUGGUGGUUUUUGUAAUUAAAAAGGAUCAAAUUGUGUGUUGAUUUUCCUCCUCCCUGGUUUGUGUUCUUAGAUCUAGCACAAACAUAUUUCAAGGUCUGUAAUUUAGUUUAUUCACUGGUAAAAUGUUAUACAUCAUUUAUCAUGAAUGAUUUAAAAUAUUGAGAUCCUAAAAGUAAUUAAACUAUUUUUCAAGUUUUUGUUACAUAUCUAGACCAGUGGUAUCAAAUGUUUUCUGGAAAGAGUCAAAUAAGUAAGAGUUCAGAAAGUUUGUGUUCCUGCUUCUCAAUUCUGCU